AUGCUCCCAACACGGGCCUGCGAACCGCCGCUGACGCUGGCUGCAUACAGACUACUGGUAGCACUUAGUACUUACAUGCUACACGGAUACAGCUGCCAGCUGCUACCGUGGGCGUGUGCGGGUGGUGCUGGUGCUGGUGCUGGUGCUGGGACUGGUGCUGGUCUUGGUGCCGGUGCUGGUGCUGGUUGCUGGUCCUCGUCCUCGUACCCGCACCCGUACUAG